GGUAGCUAGGGGUCAGGAGGACUUAUAUGAGAGGGGAGUGACUCGUUAUCCAUCUUGGGAGGCCGGGCCUCACAGCAUGGCGGUCAUCACAUCUGCCCAAUGGCAGGCCAUGUUGGACGCAGCAGACGAGGGCCAGAAACCAUUCUUUCAAAAACUGUAUGAUGAUGCCGUGCAGAGGGAAAGGGAGGCAACGGCAUCAGCUAGAGCCGCCCACAUUGCUGAUCAGGUGGCUCUCCUUCGGAUCCCGGAAGCGAAUGCUGACCGGUUCCAGGAGGAGCUAGCUGCUGCUGUAGCAGCCUUGGUCCGACUGCGGACCUUGGAAAACGUUGAGUCUCGUAUGACAACACUUGAGCAGCGGAACGAAGAGCUGCUGGCUAAGGUAAUUAGCCUUGAACAGUCCCAGUUGUCUGCCUCCCGCCCUCCUAACCCUCGGUCUGCUGUAGUCCCGGUCUCUCAAUCAAACACAACCCUCAUAGUAAGAUCAAGUGGAACCAUGGCAAGCGCAGGAACCGGUGCCAGCUCCUCGAGCGGCAGCGUCGACAGUUCUGCGCUGGUCCCAGUCCCAAAUGCAGGAACUUUAGCCCAAAACGCCACAGUCCUUACUGGCGUUCACUACAGGGGUCCCAUGGUGGACAAGCGGGCGGCCACGCUGCCGUCCAAGUACGACGGGAAGGCUGACAUCACCUCUUGGAUUAGUUCCAUGCAGUCGUACUUUGAGGUCAUGCGGAUACCGCAAGAGGACCGAAGUAUGAUCAUAGGGACUAAUAUUGAGCCCGCCGUGCGAAACCACAUUGAGCUUCAAGCUGUCGCAGCAGGCUAUGAACGCAUAGACCUGACUGAAUGGAUGAAGGCCACCCCUGUUCGCACCCUUGAGGAUCUUCUCCUUGACCGGUACCAGGAUAAACAUGCUGCGCUCAAGGCUAGACUGAAGCUUGAGGCCCUCAAGGGUCAAACAUGUAGGUCAUCCAUGCAGGCUUUGGAACAGUACUUGACUGGUCUGUUCACCACUCCGGAUCUGGGAAUGACUGACGUAUCUUGUAUGGAUGUAGUCAUGGGAGUGACCCCUAAAGAAUACCUCUCCCAUGCCACCUGGCGAGAGUUCAUGAAGGACCUAGUCAACCUAGGGGCCAAGGACCUCGCCAAGCGCAAGAAGGCGCCCGCUGCAGGUGGGAAACCACAACGCAAGGGGUUUGGAAGCAGCAACCAGCUUGCACUGCACGAUUAUCGGGAGGCUGAAGAUCAGUCCUAUGCGGAUGAUCUGUCUCUAGAUGACGAUCUAGAGCCGGACUCCAAUACGGGCUGGAUGAAAGGAUCUGCUCAGAAAUUCAUUGUUGAAUGUCAGGUAUGCCAAAGAAUCAAGGUCCACAGGCAUAAGCCUUAUGGCCUACUGAGACCUCUCCCCAUUCCUGAUGGACCCGGUGAGUCGAUUUCCAUCGACUUCAUGGACAUGGGAAAGGUGAGUGAGGCUGGGAAUUCACAAGUCAUGGUCAUUGUGGACCGCUUCUCCAAAUUUCUGAACUUGAUUCCUCUCCCUCCUCAUGCCCCGACUGAACUUGUCAUCGAGGAAUUCCAUCAGCAGUACAUUCUGCAGUCCGGCGUCCCAAAAACCAUUGUGAGCGAUCGGGACACCAGAUUCAUCAACAAAGAUUGGAAAGACUUCACGUCUCAGAUCUAUGACAUCAAACUGAACAAGACUUCUGGUCGACACCCCGAAGCCAACGGAUUGGCCGAGGAGAUCAACCAACCCGUCAUCCAACUGCUUUGCGCACUGAUUCUUCCAGAUCAGAACACGUGGGACAAGGAAUUACACAAAGUGAAGGGGUUGUACAACAACUCCAUUCACUCUGCAACUGGUGUGACCCCAAAUCAGCUGCAGUAUGGAUGGCCAAUGCGCAAUCCCCUCUCCUAUCUGUUCCCCGAGCGGUCACCUGGUCUGAUGCCCGACAUGCCUGGCUAUAAUGCCAAGUACGCACGCUUGCUCAAAGCUGUUACUGCAGCCAUGAACAAGCGCCAACUUGCCAUGAUCAAACAUGCUAACAAGCUGCGCAAAGAAGAAAAAUUCAAAGUUGCGGAUUACGUUUGGGUCAAAAUGUCUGAGUUUUCUGACGAAGAGGGCAUCUCACGGAAGCUUCUUCCAUUAUACUAUGACCCUUGGUAGGUUCUGAAGUUGGGAAAUGACCAGGAUCGUAACAGAGACAAAAAUCAGAAAUGAAACCACCGCCAAUCC